CAAUUAGCGCCCGUUCAUGCUUGAGCUAUGGUGAUAAAAGGGGCGGGCAGGCCACACUCACCACAGUUGGAGUCGCUCGUGCAUCGGCUGUAGAGAUAUUCAAGAUGAUUACAAUAUGGAUGUUCAUGUUGAGUGUUGGUGUAAGUUUGGGUCAAUACUUCGGUCACGGAGGAGAAUCUCUUACUGACCAACAAAACCAACGCAUAGCUUUACCUUUUCCAAAUAUAGCUAGAGCACAAAACGAGUUUGUAAGGAACUUGCACAUUGGGAACACCCUCCCAGUUCAGCAGGUCUUCCCUGUUCAGCCUCGCUUACAGCCUUUACUCAUUAAUCAGUUCAACCUUCCCCAAAACUUUGAAAUCCAGCCGCAGGUCUUCCAGUCACCACAAGUGGCAUUUCCCCAAUUCUUGCCACAACCGCCUCUGGUUCAGUCUUCUCCUCCACUACCUGCACAGUCGCCCCUGAACCUCUGUGGCCACUCCUCUGCUCUAGUACACGCCACUUACAAAAGCCGCGGGUACCACUUCUCCUGGUGCAGAACCCAGGCCACCUUCAGUUGGGAUCAAGGCAAUUCCUAUUGUUCAGGCCUUGGCAGAGACUUCAGACUUGUCAGUAUAGAAUCUAAAGAUAUUGAUGACUUCAUUACAGACAUCAUUGAUAGACAUCCAGUAAAGUUCUUCUGGACUGGCGGCAACAAAAGAGGUUAUGGCGUCUGGCGGUGGCUGUCGGGAAGCUUGGUCACUUACAACAAGUGGUCCCAUACGGGAGGGAAAGGUCAACCACAACCAGACAACCGCGAGGGAAACGAAGACUGCUUGGCGGUGAUGAAGAACUUCUACAACGACGGCAUUAAGUGGCACGACAUUGCUUGCUACCACGAUAAGCCCGUCAUUUGUGAGACUUCAGUCUUGCCUUCUCCUUAUUCUAACUUUUAAUAGAAUCGACCAACACUGGCACUAAUUAUGAAGGGUAAACUCGCUGCUUUUAUUAUUGCAUAACUUGUAAAUAUACAUAAAUUUACAUCUACU